AUGACUGACAACAGUUCUUGGCUAUUGAUAUUUUCUUUGUUAUUACAGAACUCACUUCGCAGACCUGAUUCAUGAGUGACCCUCGACCAUCUCGUGCCUCACCCAUACCGCCUCUUGACCUCCCAUCAGCAGCCCUAUAUAUCCACAGCUGUGUGCGGGACGAACAGCACCCAGACUCUGAAGUUGCGGUACGCCAUGAACGGCAGCGCGUUGCAAAAGAGCUAGAACCCGUGAGGCGGAAGAGAGCCGCAAUACCAAGUGAAGCGAAUGCAGAGAAUGAACCGAGCGAUGAGUUGAGCCGUCAUGCCAGUACACAAGCAAACGUUCCUCAAGAGACGGGCGAGCACAAUGCAACAACAGCAUCAUCACCGUGUAGGACUCGCUUCUACGACCCAGUCACCAAGUUCUGGAGUACACAGAUAAGUCUUAGCAUAGACGAGGGAUCGAUGAGAGACCACCUAGCACUCGAGCGCACCUUCCUCGGCUACCUGCGUACCUCACUCGUCCUCGUAGUAACGGGUGUGGUUAUCGCCCAGCUUUUCCUGCUGCAGCACAGUCCCCAUCCGCAGCCCCAGUUUGGCUUCUACAAGAUAGGGAAGCCACUGUCGGCAACGUUCAUUUGCAUGGGAAUCGUGGUUGUGCUAGUUGGAGCGAUACGGGUCUGGAGAUUGCAGAAUGCGCUGGUGAGGGGCAAGGCUAUAGCUGGCGGAUGGGAAGUCAAUCUGGUGAUGGGAUUGGUCGGGUCGUUGAUGCUGGGGACGUUUGGGCUUAUUUUAGGAGUCGACAUUGAUAAGAUAUAUGUUGGAGAGUGACUUCUUGUGAAUCCUCAUGCUACUAGUAUCAUCUUUUCAGGAAAAUGAGAAGAAAAGCAGAAGUCUGAAUAUCCAGAAAAUAAAAUGGUAUUGGAGCUAUCAAG